GGCUAAACGACCGGAUCGGUUUGAGAGAAAUAUUCGCUGCCAUAAAUGGCGAUUUUAUUCUUCGAUUUUGAAACUUUCUUUGAGAUUUCUGUUGAAUCUAAUUUCGUUGCGUUCUGUUUCGAUUUUUCUGGAUUUCACUUUGCUGUGAUUUCCAAAAUUUCGACAUGGGUUUUUCGUAAGAGAGAUAAAUUUGUUGACGAUGAGAAACACGAGACCUGUUCAUGUUAGGAAUAAGAGUACGGAACCAGGAACCCCAUCUUCGCCUAUGAUGACGUCUCCUCUAAUGCAUCGACAUACACGUUCAGGAUCAAAUGCUGGCCCAGCUUCCAAUGCUAAGAAAGCUCAGACAAAAGCAGCUGCUCAGAGACUUGCGGCUGUGAUGUCAAAUCAAACAGGGGACGAGGAAGAUAGUGAUGAAGACCUUUCCUUUGACUAUAAUGCUUCCGGUACAGGGAGCAUUGGACUCGCUGCCGGAAGAUCUCAUCCUUCUCGCUCUCCUGUGAUUAGGAACCCUAUGGCAAGGCGUCCACAGAUGGCAACUCCACAGUUAGCUGAUGAGGACAAUGAAGAUGAUGAUUUUUCAGUGGAUGUAUCGAGUAGCAGACCAAGUAUUGGACUUCCUGGUGGAAGAGCAAUGAGACCUCAGUCUCCUGUAAUGACUAAGAUUGCACCUCCCAGACGAACACAACCAACAAAUGAAGGAAAUAAGAAUGAUGGUGAUGAUGAUGAUGUUGUUUCAGUAGAUUAUACAAUUGGUAGACCAAGUAUUGGGCUUGGAAGUGGGAGGGCAAUGCGCCCACAGUCUUCUAUGAACAAAACCCAACCACAAGGGCGUCCCGUGAUGGCAGCUCAUCAGCCAGUGGAUGAGGAUAACGAAGAUGAUGAGACUCCAUAUGUUUAUACAAGCGGCAUUCCAAGUGUAGGACUUCCUGGUGGAAGGGGAGCUCGGUCACGUUCUCCUCUGACUAAAAACCCUCCAUUUAGGCAUCCACAAGCAGUAGCUCAGCCACCAGCCAAUGGAGACAGUGAUGCUGAUUAUGAUGAGUCGUAUACUAGUGGCAUGCCAAGCAUUGGACUUGCGGGUGGACGAUCAAUGAGACCUCGCACUCCUUUGUCAAUUCGUACUAAGGAACAACCUCAGACCGGACUUCCAACUUCAGGUAGCCGAUCCUCAUUAUGUGAGGAUUCCACAGAAUCUUCAGCUAUUCCAUCUCAGACAACAAACCAAGUGGAGCAAUCUCCAUCUGCUCGUUCUGCAUUCUCUAACAAAUCAUCUCAGUCUCUCAGUUCUAUGGAUCAACCUCCAUCAGCUCGUUCAUCUUUCAGUGGUCGUCCAAUAAGGACCGUUCCAUUAAUGCCAUCUUCGGUGCCUAUAUCACUCAAACCAGUGACUCCUGCAUUUCAAUCCGAUACGCCAACCAAUCUUCGAAAAGAUAAAAGUAGGUUUUCCAUGGAUAUGGGAAGCUCAGGCAACUUAAGAGAGUUAGGGAGCCAACGUUCUACUUCAGCUUUGCAAGAUGAGGUUGAUAUGCUACAGGAAGAAAAUGAAAGUUUGUUAGAAAAGCUUCGACUUGCAGAAGACAAGUGUGAAGAAGCAGAUGCAAGAGCUAAGCAACUUGAGAAACAGGUUGAAAUCCUUGGAGAAGGUGUCACUAUGGACGCACGUCUUUUAAGCAGAAAAGAGGCAGCUCUACAACAGAGAGAGGCUGCUUUGAGAGUUGCAUCACAAAAUCAUGGAGGAAGGAGGGAAGAUGUUUCGGCUCUUCACACAGAAGCUGAGAUUGCUAGGGAGGAGGCAGCAUCUUCAUUAGAGCAGCUUCAUGAAGUUGAAUUAGAGCUUAACUCUCUUAAGACCGUGACCAAGAGAUUGGUAUUGACUCAGGAGGAGAUGGAAGAGGUUGUUCUGAAGAGGUGCUGGCUUUCACGUUAUUGGGGCUUAUGCGUUAGACAUGGCAUUCAAGCAGACAUUGCAGGAGCAAAGCACGAAUACUGGUCAUCGUUUGCACCUCUUCCUCUAGAGAUUGUUCUGUCUGCAGGACAAAGAGCAAGGGACGGAGUUAUACAAUCUAAUAACACUUAUGGAGAAAGAGAAAAAUCAUUGCAAAACUUGCAAGAAACUUCUGGGGAAGGAAAUCUCGAAAACAUGAUAUGGGUCGAGAAAGGUUUGCGAGAGCUGGCUUCACUAAAGGUUCAGGAGGCAGUUGCAUUUGUCAUGGCUCAAAAUAGACGGAACACAUCAUCAAAGUUUUUUGUUUCAGACGAAGUGAAAAUGCCAAUGGAUGGACAAUUUGAAGCCUUUGAGUUAAGCGACGAGGAAGUUGAAGAUGUGAGUUUUAAACAGGCCUGGCUUUCAUAUUUCUGGAGAAGAGCUAAAAAUCAUGAUAUCGAAUCUGAUCUUGCGGAUGAGCGACUCCAGUACUGGAUAAACCAAGGGACUCGAUCUGCCACAUCACAGGACGCUGUUGAUGUUGAAAGAGGGCUAAUGGAGCUGAGGAAGCUGAACAUAGAGUCACAGCUCUGGCAAAAAUCAAGGAAAGGGCUUGACUAUGAAGCCAACCCUUCUCAUCUUGAACUUUCCUUCUGAUUCCUCUCUUCUCCCACUUCCACUCUUAAAAAAAACUAUUUGUUUUUCUCAUCUUUUUAUUUUCAACUGAUUUUAGGGGAGUUAAUUACUGGACCUGUAAUGUUUAAAGAAUUUAAUAUUUUUCUUUUCAGUUGUGUAUCUUGAAAGAAAGUCUAUUACAAGCUGAUCUAAUUUGUUGUUUAAAUAUAAAAUAAAUCUUGUGAGGUGUC